GUGCGCAGCGGCAGCCAAGAGGAACGUGGCCAUCAAACAGGUUGCUCGGCCGCCGCCGAGGAGAACCUACAAGAGGUCUCGUCGAGCCCCGUAUCGUGCCACUCGCCAUGCUCAUGUGGUCUAUGAAGAAGACCUCGAAGGGGACUAUGAAGAGCACUACGAAGACAAGACGGAUGACGAGGACCUGGAGCAAGAAAGCACUGAAAGCGGGUCC